AUGGACGAAGAACCCAAGGAUCCGCUGAUCUUGGGAAGGCCCUUUUUGGCAACCGCCGGAGCUAUCAUCGAUGUUCAGAGAGGAAAGAUUGAGCUAAACUUUGGAGAUGACUUCAAGCUCAGCUUCGACAUCAAGAGAUCGAUGAAGAAACCAACCAUUGAUGGACAGCUCUUCUGGGUAGAGACUUUGGAUCAGUUGGCAGACGAGUAUCUAGAGGAGUUAGCCACAGAGGACCAGCUUCAGCUUGCCUUGACUGAGAAAGUGGAGGAAAAGAGCUACUUCAACACCGAAUCCUUGGAGUAUGCUCGACUCUUAGACUCCCACAGAGGGACUGUUCCCAAUGACGUGGUUGAGGAAAUCAUAGGACGCUCCGUGAGAGUUGAGGAAAUCCACAAGGUAGAGGCAGAGCACGACCUCGAGCAACCUUCAGACGAUGACUGGAGCGAGCUCAAAGCCCCAAAGGUGGACCUCAAGACCUUACCAGAUGGGCUAAGGUACGCAUUUCUUGGACCAAAUUCAACUUAUCCCGUAAUUGUGAACCAAGAACUUACCCCACCCCAAUUAACCUCCCUCCUUAAUGAGUUGAGGAAGUUCAGGAGAGCAAUUGGUUACUCUUUAGAGGACAUCAAAGGCAUAUCUCCUGAGCUUUGUACUCAUCGCAUUCACCUUGAUAACGAAUCUAAGGGAUCUAUUGAACACCAAAGACGCUUAAAUCCCAACCUCAAAGAGGUGGUGAAAAAGGAAAUCCUUAAGUUGCUUGACGCCGGCGUGAUCUACCCUAUCUCGGAUAGUACUUGGGUCUCGCCGGUACACUGUGUGCCCAAGAAAGGUGGAAUCACAGUAGUCAAGAACGAAAAAGACGAAAUGAUCCCAACCAGAACCAUAACCGGUCACCGAAUGUGCAUAGAUUACCGAAAGCUCAAUGCGGCGACUAGGAAGGAUCAUUUUCCACUGCCUUUCAUCGAUCAGAUGCUUGAGCGGUUGGCAAACCAUCCUUUCUAUUGCUUCCUUGAUGGCUAUUCGGGAUUCUUUCAAAUCCCCAUCCACCCUAAUGACCAAGAGAAAACGACCUUCACAUGUCCCUAUGGAACUUUUGCCUAUAAACGUAUGCCCUUUGGAUUGUGUAACGCUCCGGCGACUUUCCAAAGAUGCAUGACGGUUCUCAAGCGCUGCGAGGAGACGAACCUAGUGCUCAAUUGGGAGAAGUGUCACUUUAUGGUCAGGGAAGGGAUCGUCUUGGGACACAAGAUAUCAGAAAAGGGGAUAGAGGUUGAUCAAGCAAAGAUUGAAGUGAUGAGUCAGCUUGCUCCACCAAAGACAGUCAAGGACGUGAGAAGUUUCCUUGGGCACGCCGGUUUCUAUCGGAGAUUUAUCAAGGACUUCUCCAAAAUAGCUCGUCCUUUGACACGCCUCUUGUGCAAGGAGACUGAGUUCCUGUUUGACGAGGAGUGCCUUAAGGCAUUUGAGAUGAUCAAGACUGCCUUGGUCACGGCCCCGAUUGUGCAAGCACCAAACUGGGACUACCCUUUCGAGAUCAUGUGUGACGCUAGUGACUACGCCGUGGGAGCUGUGCUUGGCCAGAGGAUAGACAAAAAGCUCCACGUGAUAUAUUACGCAAGCAGAACCAUGGACGAUGCCCAAGGACGAUACGCAACAACUGAGAAAGAGCUCUUGGCAGUAGUCUUUGCGUUCGAGAAGUUCAGAAGUUAUCUCGUGGGUUCAAAGGUGAUAGUCUACACUGAUCAUGCGGCCUUGAGACAUCUGUUGGCAAAGAAGGACACCAAGCCAAGGCUCCUGAGAUGGAUACUUCUUCUCCAGGAAUUCGAUCUCGAAAUUUUGGAUAAGAAAGGGUCUGGGAAAAGCGUAGGUUUGGCAGUUCGGUUAGAGCAGUUGAAGGCAGUUGAGGAAAAGGAAGCGCCUUGGUAUGCAGAUUACGCCAACUACUUGGUGUGUGGAGAGGUCCAGGCCGAUCUAUCUCCUUACCAGAAGAAGAAGUUCUUCAGGGACAUCUCACACUUCUUUUGGGACGAACCAUACCUGUUCAAGAGAGGAUCGGAUGGUCUGUUUAGGAGGUGCAUAGCUCAGGAGGAAGUAGAGGAAUACUCGAGCAUUGUCACGGAUCGAGCUACGGAGGUCACUUUGCGACUUUCAAAACAGCUUCCAAAGUUCUUCAAGCCGGAUUCUGGUGGCCAAGCCUUUUCAAAGACACUCACGACUUCAUUGCAAGGUGUGAUAGAUGCCAACGAGAAGGGAGCAUUUCCAAGCGCAAUGAAAUGCCACAAAACCCGAUACUUGAGGUGGAAGUGUUUGAUGUAUGGGGCAUCGACUUCAUGGGCCCUUUCGAGCCACCUUCUCACGGGAAUAGAUACAUCCUAG